CUUUCUGUCUAAAGCCUUUCCAUACUGGUGCUCGAUGUUUUCAGUUUGGGGACACCAAAAUUAGUGUACCGCUAAAGACACGUGGUCGACACGUUGUUGACACUUUGUUGACACGUGACCCAAUUACCGGCCUACCAAGUGCCUUUGGCGACAGCUAACAGCAACUGUGGAACAGUGCAGUGCCCUUUUUUGGAGCAACGUACGAGUAGUGCCCAUGGAUUAUGACCCCGCGACCCCAAUCUACGUGGCGGUCCGCAAUUCGCUACUUCAUACUGACUGGCGUCCGGCAUCGUCCCGAAUUUGGCCACAAUCUGCUCUCGGGACCCCUAUAGGGCUCCCUGACCUGCUCCAUCUCCGCCAUCGUCAAUGUACUGCGCAUCCACCCAGGCCAGGACUGCACUUACUUACGAGAAGGAGUAUUUGCAAGAUGGAACCUGGGAACUGGAAGACGACGAAGAGGAAGCGUGGGAAUCCGGCGGCAAUGGCUGGGAUGACUGAACUUACGGGAAGGAGUGCUUCCAAGAUGGGAGACGAAGAAGAAGAAGCCGCUGAAUCCGGCGGCAAUGGCUGGGAUGCUGCGUUCUCGAGAGGAAGCGUUAUUUCUGCAUUCCAAGAAGGACGGCACAAUGUGUCGGACGGUCCGCGUCGCAUUGAACUGGUCCGAUGAGGCUGCUAUUGCACACACAGUGUGGGCACUCCCAUACGGGAACUCGGAAGUACUGCUACAGUACAGGUAUAUCACCCCGUGACGACCACAUCGAAGUCUGAAAUUGAAGUGUGAAGAUGCUUCAGCAACCCCUUCAUAUUUUUCCAUUGCUUUUAUUGUGCUUCUACUGUGCAUGUGUGUAACUUGUGGGGUAUGCAUGUGAUGACAAUGUAUGCCGGUGACACAGUCAGAUUUUGUCAAUGCGUGUAACGUACACCUGCAUGCUAUCGUUGAAAAGGAUCUGCCACUUACGAUCUUCGGACGAGUAUCAGGUCAGCUUGGUUUUGUGUGUGCUGUACCAGAUGCUGUUCACUUCUCUAUCUGUUGGAUAUGUGACUUUCUGCAAGUUUCUGGUGUAUGGUGGCCACUUCUUUGCUUGUCUUUAAAUGACAUUACCAUAAUUCUGUAUUCACUGCUUCCAUGGUGUGGUCUGCAAACUGCAAUCCUUAGGCAAAUAUCAUCACGGUUUGCAAUGUUGUGCUUUGGCCGCCAGCUUACCUACACAUUGUAGUUGAAUUAUUUUUGUUUCACAACUGACUUCCUGAAGUAUGGUGGCCACUGCUUUCCAUGGCAUUAUACAAUGUUCAUCAAGAA